UUGUCUCCUACCCUCCCCCUCCUCCUGUUUCUGUCCAUGCUGUGUCAUCCAUGCAGACAGAAUGGGGGGGUGACUAUCUGGUGAAUCACAAGGCUGCCAGUGAUGGCGUACAGUAGUUAUGUGUGGGAGUCCAGGGAGAAAACUAGAUCGUUAGGCAGUGUGACAGGGCAGAGAGAGAGAGUCAGAGGCAGUGAGAGGAAGAGAGGUGAAGAGAGAGAGAGUCUUUUUCAAUCCGUGCUGCAAGUGGAUAGUCGCCGGUAUUUUUUUCCCGGCUCCAUGAGGGAAGUGUACUGUUGUAGUCCGAGCCUGAGGUGAGCUGGAGGAGGAGGGGCCAGGAUGAAGAGAAGGGCAGGGGCUGAGUGGCGGCGGUGGAUCAGGGAUUGAGGACGUUGGUGAUUGGUGAACUACCAUGAAAGCAAGAGGGCGUGUUGUGUGUUUGUGAUGGAUAUCCUGACAGUCGGGUCACCUGAUGCAAUAUUGAUGAGGACGACUGUGGUAACCUCCGACCGUAGGUAAUGGGAUCGUCAAAGAUUGUGUCGCCAGAGUAGAAAGUAUGACGACCUUGGAUGAUGCGAUCCUAUAGCAAAUGUAACCUAGUUACCACCGUAGGUAAUGUGUCCUAACUCCAUAGAUUACCACCGAUGUAUGAAGGCAUUCACUGUGUAUUGUUUGUGUGGAUGGGUUGUUGCUUUAAACUGUCUUAGAGUUUGGCAGGUAAUGCAGGGAGGAGUGUAAGUGUCCUAUGAAUGGGGUUUUAGCUGAGCUUCUGCCAGGCGGUAUUCAGCUGCUUGUUGAGAGCAUUUCAUUGGAUCUCUCUGAGGAGGAAUCUAAUCUGCCUUCCUGCUCAUGAACUAACAGACACACAGACACACACUCAAAGUCAAAGUCAAACAGGGUUCAUGGUGCGCUCACACAUUAUUGCUUUCCUUGUUUUGAUUGUGUUUUGGAGCGAUGGAUGUCGACGGCAACGUGUCACUAUGCUUGUGGAUAGUGAGUCAACAGUAUUGCAGUACUGCAUCUUAGUCAAUUGAUACACCUGCUAAUACACUGAACGUUGUAUAUAUGUAUGAUCAGGGAUGUAUCCUGCUCUGGGGAACUUUUCCUACGAUUAAUUUUAUGUUUUGUUCUACAUUUCUAUUAUUGAUCUGCUUAUCUGUGAUCGAUAUCGUUCCCUUUGCCCUGACGUAACCAUUGUUCGACCUGUCGGCACGGACAGGGUGGGGCUCCAUUUGCAGAAAGUGACAAGUCGAUUUCUACUUCGUUCUUGGACCGAAAUGUUGCUGCCAAUAUAGGUGGUGCAAUUGCUAUGUGCCGACAGAGUGGGCCAGAUGACCAAGACGUACAACGACAUCGAUGCCAUCACACGUCUGCUGGAGGAGAAAGAGAGGGAUUUGGAGUUGGCUGCCCGGAUUGGUCAGUCCCUACUCAAGAAGAACAGAACUCUGACCGAGCACAAUGACUACCUGGAGGAGCAAGUGGGGCACAUCGCAGAGGAGGUGGCCCAGCUGCACCAUGAGCUGAACCUGAAGGAUGAGCUGCUGCAGUUCUACACCCAGGCGGCGGAGGAGGGCGAGGAGGAGCCCGGCGACUCUCCGAGGAGGAGGGGUAAAGUGGGGGCUGCUUCUGGAGGCUUUGGGUCGGACCCGCUGCAGAUGAAACUCAAAGAGCUGGAAGAGGAGAAUCUGUCACUGCGCUCAGAGGCCAGUUACCUCAAGUCGGAGACAGAAACAUAUGAAGAGAAAGAACAGCAGCUGGUCAACGACUGUGUUAAGGAACUCAGGCUGUCAAGCCUCCAGAUCUCCACCAUCGCUGAGGAGCUGGCCAGGAAGACUGAGGAUGCAUCCCGGCAGCAGGAGGAGAUCACCCACCUCCUCUCCCAGAUCGUGGACCUGCAGAAGAAGUCCAAGAUGUUUGCAGUGGAGAACGAAGAGCUCUCUCAGCACUUGAUUGCGGCAAAAGAUGCCCAGAGGCAACUUACAGCUGAGCUCCAGGAGCUGGAGGAGAAGUACCUGGAGUGCAUCGAGAUGCUCCACGAGGCCCAGGAGGAGCUCAAGGACCUCAGGAACCGCAGCUACCCCGCCGGGACCCCCCGCCGCUUCCACCCCCUGGGUCUCUACCCCAUGGACUCCCUGGCUGCUGAGAUCGAGGGGACCAUGAGGAAGGAGAUGAGCCUCGAUGACCCUGAGUGUGAAGAACAGAAGGGCCACCGGCGGCGCGUGUUCCAGACGGUGAAGAACAUCAACCAGACGGUCCGCCAGCGCUCGCCCAUCCCGGGCUCCAACGCCAACAUCCCGGGGUCCAAUCAGACGCAGUCGUCCCGCUCCUCGCCGCUGUCCAGCGGCCCGGCCACGCCUCGCCUGUGCCCGGGGGACAUCACCGGCGAGGGCGUCGGCCUUGACAACCGCGCUCAGAGUAUCCUCAUGGAGGCUGCGUCCAAUCGGGAGAGCUGCGGGGACGGCUCGGGGAAGAAGAGCGCAGGGGCCGAGGACCUGCGGCUGGCCCUGCGGCGCCUGUCCCUGCGGCGGCAGAACAACCUGAGCGAGCGGCGGUUCUUCGAGGAGGAGCGGGAGCAGCGGCGGCGGGGCCACGGCGUGCCCCUGGGCCUGGAGGGCGGGCUUACCCCCUCGGACAGCAUCAUGUCCCUGGGGAGCCUCCAGCUCUGGGCCCACCGGGGGGCCUACCUCCCCGACAAGCUGCAGAUCGUCAAGCCCCUGGAAGGGUCGGCCACGCUGCACCACUGGCAGCAGCUGGCCCAGCCCCACCUGGGGGUGAUCCUGGACGCGCGGCCCGGGGUCAUCCCCAAGGGCUACCGGCCGCUGGAGCUGGAGCUGGAGCAGGCGUUCCCCUGGGGCGGCCUGGAGGAGGACGAGCCCGGGGAGCAGUACUUCCAGAACCUGCCCACCACCUCGGCCACCGCCUCGCCCAUGGUGCCCUGUCCCACCAGCACGGCCCUCCCCCCCGGCCCCGUCGAGGGGCAGGGCCUGACCCCCCUGCCCGGCCCCGGCACCCCCUCCCCGUCGCCGCACCUCGCCAACACGGACCCGCUGGCUGCAUACUACCCAGGGAAGUGCAUGGCGCAUACCAGCUCCACCUACACCUUCACCACCUGCCGGAUCCUGCACCCCACCGACGAGCUGACCCGCGUCACCCCCAGUCUGAUCUCGGGCCCGGCCACCUCUUCCUGUGUGAUGACCAGCAGCCUGUUGGCCACGCCCAUCGCCACGCCCUGCACCCCACGGCGACUCGGCAUGAUCCCCUCCGAGUCCUCAACCAACCUCAGGGACGCCACGCGCACCACCAGCACCUCCCUGGGGCUAGUGCGCCUCCUGCAGGAGAGAGGCAUCUCUGCGGCCAUGUACCACCACCAGAGCCAGGGCCUGGAGCCCCCGCAGGGCAGCGAGGGGCUGCUGUUCAGCACCUCCGUCACCCCCCACCGCGCCCGCCCUUCCACCCCGCCCAACUCCCCCACCCGGUCCCGGGCCGGCGGGAGCGGGGGCUCUGCGGUGGACCCCGGCGGGGGCAGCGGAGAAGAGACGCCGCUGGGCUUCGACUUCAAGGGCCCCCCCUACGACAACUUCCUGACCUCCCGGCCGGCGCGCUCCAUCCUGAAGGACGUGGUUGAGGGGGGGUCCCGGGGCCGGCAGCGCGCCCGCGACUGCGAGUGCCAGACGGACGUCAGCGUGUCGGUGCAGCACCUCAACCUGCUGGAUAAGGUCAAGCAGCUGGGCGUGGCCGGGGCGGCGGGGGCCCGGGCGACCAGCCCGGGCCCCAUCCUGGGGGGGCCCCUGGGCGGGCUCCGCCGGUCGGGCUCCCCCUUCGGCCCCGAGGGGAUGCGGAGGAACAGGAGUUACCCGGCGAUGGUCGGGGCCAGCAUGGCCAUGAAGGGCCCGGGGCCCCAGGCGGAGUCGGAGAUCCUGCUGGCCGCCAGUCUGCCGAAGCAGCGGAGCCUGAAGGAGGGCGGCGUCGGCGGGGUCGGCGGGUGGGGCGUGGACCGGUCACCUGGAGCCCCCCCGAGCACGGAGCACUGAGGCGGGGCGGGGUUCAACCGACGGGGGGCGGCACACCCACCAGGCCGGUCUCAUGUGUAGCACUGUCGUGUACAGAACCACCGUUUUACGAUGUUUUGCUGUGGUUGUACACAAGCACACACAAGCCCUCAGCCGACAGGGAACUCCCUGGGGGUCCUGGGAGCUCCCCGGUUCACCGGUCAGCCCCGUCUACCUAUGUUUAACACGCUAUCCACAAGCAGCUCCUAUGGGGACGUGAGAAGAGAUCAAAAAGCCGACACUAGCUUCCACUCCCUGUCCCUCUGCCUGUGCUUGUGUCUGUUCCCCAGCACAUGCACAUUCCCGUAGAUGCAUACCAACGUAGAAAGUCACCAUUUAAUGCUUUUUAAAUCAUAAACGUUGGCUACUUGCCGUUUAUGUAGCACUUCAACAAGCCUUUCUCCUUCACCUAUACUAGGUUAAGAAGAUCCUUAAAAAAGGAUUUAAAAAUCGACCUAUGAGGGCCAGGAACAUUCAUUAGAUUCUCUCUCACUGUGCCUGUUCCUACCCCUCGUUCUAGCCCUCUCUUCUCUCCCUCUUCCUUCAUCCUCUCUACUAUGAGCCCUCUCUUCUCUCUCCAUACCCCUUUUGAUUACAUCUUAAAAAGCUUUAUUACAAGGGCAAAUAAACGUUCACCUUGCCAAAGUAAAUGAACAAUUCAAAGGGCAAAUAAGAUUGUAAUUACCAAAUCGACAUAUGUGACAUAGUAAACAUAUGUACAUAAUUAACAUAAUAAAAUAUGUAUCUCAUCUCUAUCUUUCUCUCCAUUGAUCCCUCCUUCAUCACACCCUGCCUUCAUCAGACCCUCGUCCCAUCUCUUUAUCUCUCUCUCUGUCUCUCUGUCUCUCUCUCUCUCUCUCUCUCUCUCUCUCUCUCUCUCUC